CAAAAAGAUAAUCUGUUUUAUUUCAUAAUUGUGAUAGAGGCUUUAAAUGUAGUUUCCCUCAUUUAUUGCAGAGAAACACAAUUAAGUCGAUAUCCAAAUAAAUAGGACUUAUUAUAAAACUACAUUUUCUGCAUCUACUCGUACCUAUCCUACCAAUCAUGGAAAAACUCAGAUUUGAUUUCGUUGUGAAACCUACGGCAGAUGGAAAGUCAAAUAUUUUAUGUGUUACUUCAAUAGCAACAGGCAACGGGGAGGUUUUUGGAUUACCAGAUGAAUACCAACCAGUAAAUUUGCAUCAGCACCUUAUUAAUACUCCAAAUUUUAUGAAAGUGAAAAAAUCCUUGACUAAGAGAUAUCAAAAUAGAAGAAUAUGGAUAAAAGUAACAGAAGAUUUAUCGAACACUCAUUUAGAUGAAGAGGAAAAUUUACAAUUUGAUGAUAUUUACCUAGGAGAAAUAAGGGAAGAAGCAAAUACUAAUAAAUCUACCUCUACUAGCACUAGCUCAGAGCAAAGUUUGGAAAAACUCCUAGAAAAAUUAAUUGACAAUAAGCCAGCACAAUUAGAAUCAAAAAAUUUAGGACAGAUUGCGAAUGAAUUUAUGAUAGGAAAAUUUACUGGCAGAAAUUUCAAUGCAAACCAAUGGAUUGAAGAUUUCAAUAAAGAGUGUGAACGUUUUGAAAUCAAUGAAGACAAACAGAAAAUUAAAAUUUUGAAAGAUUUUUUGCAAUAUUCCGGUGCAGAGUGGUACAGUUGCAUGAUGAUUGAAUUUUCAAUAGACUCAGAAUGGAAUAUAUGGGAAAGAAAUUUUUGUGAUACUUUCACUAACAGAGGAUGGUCACCGGCUAGGUAUGCUUUAGCCUUCAAAUAUAAAGCAGGUUCAUUGCUCGAGUAUGCAAUAAAAAAAAAAAAAUUAUUGUUAGAAGUCAGGAAAUCAGUUGAUACAGGGACACUUAUAGACCUCAUAGCAUUUGGUUUGCCUAAUUAUGUUGUUGACAAGAUUGAUAGGGAAACUUUACGAGGAACCGAAGAUCUUCACAAUGAGAUUGGAAAAUUAAAAUAUCUGGUUGCGAAAAAUAUUAAAUAUGAUAACAGAAGAAAUAUGAAUUCUGAUGAAAAACCCAAAAGAAAUGAUGAUAGGAAACCAUGCCGAAUCUGUGUGAACGAAAAAAAAGGGAUACGUUAUCAUCCCGAGAAAAACUGCUGGUACAAUGGGGAAAAUCAUAGAGGAAAUUUGAAGAAUGUGAAUAACACUGAAUUGGAGAUUGAACUAAAUGGGAUUAACCCAAAAAACUAGAUGUGCCACCAUUGAUAAAAGUAAAGUUACUAUUGAAUGACAUUUUAGAAGUUUCUGGAAUUUAUGAUUCAGGUUCGAAUGUUUCGUUGAUUAAUGCGAAAUUAUUGAAAAUACACCCGAACAAAAUUGCUAGUAAUAUUCAAAUAGUGAACUUGAAGACUAUCAAUGG